AUGGAUCCAGAGAACUUGCCAGUCAUCAAUAACUACCUGGACGCCAACGAGCCAGUGUCCUCGGAGGCCCGUCUGAGCCGCAUGCACUUCCAUGACAACCAGAGGAAGGUUGACUAUGUGCUCGCCUACCAUUACCGGAAACGCGGGGUGCACCCUGGCCAUGGCUCCCCUGGCCCCUCACUGGCGAUUGUCUCCAAUGGGGAGACGGGCAAGGAACCUCGUGCUGGUGGCCAUGGUGACAUUGAACUGGGACCACUUGAUGCCCUGGAGGAGGAGAGGAAGGAACAGCGGGAGGAGUUUGAGCACAACCUGAUGGAGGCCGGGCUCGAGCUCGAGAAGGAUGUGGAGAGUAAAAGCCAGGGAUCCAUCUUUGUCCGGAUACACGCCCCGUGGCAGGUGCUGGCCAGAGAGGCAGAGUUCUUGAAGAUCAAAGUCCCCACCAAGAAAAUGUAUGAGAUCAAAUCAGAAGGCAGCAUCACGAAGAAGUUCAACGAGCUUCUGCAGAAGCUGAGCUCGCCCCUGAAACCUAGAGUUCCAGAGCACAGUAACAACAAGAUGAAAAAUCUCUCCUACCCAUUCUCCAGGGAGAAAAUGUAUCUGUACAACAUCCAGGACAAGGACACCUUCUUUGAUAAUGCCACCCGUAGCCGCAUCGUGCACGAGAUCCUGAAGCGCACAGCCUGUUCUCGGGCUAACAACACAAUGGGCAUUAACUCUCUGAUCGCCAACAACAUCUAUGAGGCUGCCUACCCUCUUCAUGACGGUGAAUAUGACAGCCCAGGGGAUGACACGAAUGACAGAAAGCUGCUGUAUCAAGAAUGGGCACGCUAUGGAGUGUUUUAUAAAUUUCAACCUAUUGACCUCAUCAGAAAGUAUUUUGGAGAAAAAAUUGGACUGUAUUUUGCCUGGCUGGGAUUAUAUACAUCAUUCCUCAUCCCAUCUUCUGUAAUCGGGGUGAUCGUGUUUCUUUAUGGAUGUGCAACAAUCGAAGAAGAUAUUCCCAGCAAAGAGAUGUGUGACCAGCAGAAUGCCUUCACCAUGUGUCCCCUGUGUGACAAGUCCUGUGAUUACUGGAACCUCAGCUCAGCCUGUGGUACAGCAAAGGCGAGCCACCUGUUUGACAACCCUGCCACCGUCUUCUUCUCCAUCUUCAUGGCUCUGUGGGCUACCAUGUUUCUUGAAAACUGGAAGAGAUUGCAGAUGCGACUGGGCUACUUCUGGGACCUGACUGGGAUAGAAGAGGAAGAAGAACGUGCCCAGGAACACUCCCGGCCUGAGUAUGAAACCAAAGUUCGAGAGAAAAUGUUAAAGGCAAGUGGCAAGUCGGUGGUCCAGAAAUUGGGCACCAAUAUGGCUGAGGAUGAAGAUGAGGAUGAUGAAGAUAAGCUGACCUGGAAAGAUCGUUUCCCAGGUUACUUGAUGAACUUCGCCUCCAUCUUAUUCAUGAUUGCCCUGACAUUCUCCAUCGUCUUUGGGGUCAUCGUGUAUCGCAUAACAACUGCAGCAGCCCUGUCUCUCAACAAGGCUACACGCUCCAAUGUCCGGGUGACAGUGACAGCCACAGCAGUCAUCAUCAACCUCGUGGUCAUCCUCAUCCUGGACGAGAUCUAUGGUGCUGUGGCCACAUGGCUCACCAAAAUCGAGGUUCCAAAAACAGAACAGACUUUUGAAGAGCGCCUGAUACUCAAAGCUUUCUUGCUAAAGUUUGUCAAUGCCUACUCGCCUAUCUUCUAUGUGGCCUUUUUCAAGGGGCGGUUCGUGGGCAGACCUGGAAGCUACGUUUAUGUAUUUGAUGGCUACCGCAUGGAAGAGUGUGCUCCGGGAGGCUGCCUUAUGGAGCUCUGCAUUCAGCUCAGCAUCAUCAUGUUGGGGAAGCAGCUGAUCCAGAAUAACAUCUUUGAGAUCGGAGUCCCGAAACUAAAGAAACUAUUUCGGAAGCUGAAAGAUGAGACAGAACCUGGAGAAACUGACUCUGCCCACUCAAAGCAUCCAGAGCAGUGGGACCUAGACUACAGCUUGGAGCCAUACACUGGACUGACUCCAGAGUACAUGGAGAUGAUCAUCCAGUUUGGCUUUGUCACCCUCUUUGUGGCCUCCUUCCCUCUGGCACCUGUGUUUGCCCUUCUCAACAAUGUCAUUGAAGUGCGGCUUGAUGCAAAGAAGUUUGUGACUGAGCUGAGACGGCCAGAUGCCGUGAGAACCAAAGAUAUUGGGAUUUGGUUUGACAUUCUCUCCGGGAUCGGCAAGUUCUCUGUUAUCAGCAACGCUUUUGUCAUUGCCAUCACCUCUGACUUCAUCCCCCGUCUCGUGUACCAGUAUGCCUAUAGUCACAACGGGACCCUGCACGGCUUUGUCAACCACACCCUCUCCUUUUUCAACGUCAGCCAGCUGAAGGAGGGAACGCAACCAGAAAACUCACAGUUUGACCAGGAAGUUCAGUUCUGCAGGUUUAAGGAUUACCGAGAACCGCCGUGGGCCCCGAACCCGUAUGAGUUUUCCAAACAGUACUGGUCCAUUCUGUCUGCCCGUCUGGCUUUUGUCAUAAUCUUCCAGAACCUCGUGAUGUUCCUGAGUGUCCUCGUGGAUUGGAUGAUCCCAGAUAUCCCCACGGAUAUCAGCGACCAGAUCAAGAAAGAAAAGGGCCUGUUGGUGGACUUCUUCCUGAAGGAGGAGCACGAGAAACUCAAGCUGACGGACGAGCCAGCCCCAAGGAGCCUGGGAGGGGGGCGUCGGAGCAGGAGCCAGGCGGCCAGCUCGGCACCCUCGGGCCGAAGCCGGCCAGGCAGCAUCACGUCUUCUGCCUCACAGCACACCAAUGUGUGA